AAUGAUGGAUUUUUGUUAAUCACCAUUCAAUAAUUAGAGCAGAAAGAGGCCAAAUACGAGGGGAUUUUAUAGCAAUAUAAUGGAAUUAGAGAUCAGCAAUUAAGCAGAAGGCAGGCAGCUGCCCUGGGCUCCAGGAAGGGCGGUGGCCAGUUACAAUCAGGCACAGAAACGUUUUCUGAGCAAAGUGAAAGUUAUUCUCCUCUUUCUCCUAUGCGCCAUGGCGACAACAAAGCAGGUAAAAGAUCUCCAAGAGGCUGUUAUCUGUUCCAUUUGUCUGGAUUAUUUUAAUGAUCCGGUGAUUCUCAAGUGUGGGCACAAUUUCUGCCGAUCCUGCAUCACUCAGUACUGUAAGGACUCCAGAAUCUCCCCUCCCUAUUCCUGCCCUCAGUGCAGAGAACGGUUCCGGAAAGGAGAAUUCCAUCCUAACUGGCAGCUGAGGAAUGUAGUCGACAUAGCGAAAAAAAUCCCAGAGCCAAGGGGGAAGAAAACGUGUGAAAAACAUGUGGAGCUUUUGAAACUCUUCUGUGAAGUGGAUCAAACCCCCAUCUGUCUGGUCUGCAGAGAGUCCCGCAGUCACAAAGAACACUCUGUGGUUCCUAUCGAGGAGGCUGCCCUGGAUUACCAGAACCAAAUUCGGAGCCGUUUGGAGAGUUUGAAGAAAGAGAGAGACGAGAUUCUGUCGUAUAAAUCGAGUGGGGAAAAUACAAGCCAGGAACUGCUGAAACAGCUACAAACUGAGAAGCAGAUAAUUGUGUCUGAAUUUCAGCAACUGCGCCAGUUUCUGGUGGAACAAGAACAACUCCUGCUGGACCAGCUGGAAAAGCUGAAUCAGGAAAUUGAAAAGAGGAGGGCUGAGUAUGUUGCCAAAUUAUCUGAGGAAAUAGCUUCUUUCAGUUCCCUGAUCAGUGAGAUGGAACAGAAGUGCCAGCUGCCAGCAAGUGAAUUCCUGCAGGACAUCAAAGGCACCUUGAGCAGAUGUGAGAGGAAGAAGUUUCAGAACCCAGUGGCCUUUUCUUCUGAACUGAAAUGGAGAAUCUGGGAAUCUUCUCAAAGAAAUGCAUCUCUGGAGACCAUAAUGAAGAAAUUCACAGACUCGCUGUCGUCUAGACAGCAGUUGGACAAAGCAAAUGUGACUCUGGAUCCAGAUGUGGCCCAUCCUGAACUCCUCGUGUCUGCAGAUCAGAAAAGUGUGAGAUGGGGACCCACACAUCAGGCUUUGCCCAACAACCCUGAGAGAUUUGACACUGUUCACUGUGUGCUGGGCUGUGAGGGAUUCACCUCGGGCCGACAUUACUGGGAGGUGGAGGUGGAGAUGGAGGACUGGGGACUCUGCGCUGUGGGGGUGGCCAGAGAGUCUGUGAACAGGAAGGGAGGGAUCAGCUUUAUCCCUGAGCAGGGGAUCUGGGCUGUGCGGUGCAGUGAGGAUCGGUACCGGGCUCUCACGUCCCCUGAGCAGCGCAUCACCCCCUUGUCCCUGAGCCGGGAACCCCGCAGGAUCUGGGUUUAUCUGGACUAUGAAGAGGGGCGGGUGGCACUUUUUGAUGCUAGUAAUGGUGACCCGAUCUUCACUUUCCCACCGGCCUCUUUCGCUGGGGAGAGAAUCCGCUCGCUCUUCUGGGUUGGACGCGGGGGAAGCUCUUCUAUGCUCCUGCACCAUUUCUCUCUCCUGGGCCAACGCUGCCGACUCACACUGUGUCCAUGAGGUGCCCUGUCUGUCCCUAUGAAACAGGCUCCUCUAGCCCCCACCCUCCUUACCUCUAUGACCUGGACGAUUCAGCCAGUCUCCCUCAGCACAGACAGGGCUGAAGACGGAGUGACGCUCUACCCGUAGCUCUAUGGCUGUGGAGGUCUGUGUGAGGUGCUCUAGGCUGGGUCUCUCUGCUCCUAGGAGGCCAACUCUGUGUGGAGUGGGGGGGUCCCACCAAGGAAGGAGGGAGCCCCUGUGGGAGGGACCCAGCCAAAGGCCAGGGAGAGACCC